UCGUACACGCAGCGGGACCACACGCACACCACCGUCUCCCAGGCGCCGUCAAUGUGCGCCCUGCUCAGCUGUGUGCGUAACUGCGUACGGGCGGCCUGUACAUUUUGCGCCUGUGUGCAUGUGUGUGUGCGCGAGUGUGUUUGUGGGCAGAAUCAUAACCUAAAUGACCUGAGUCCCAAAAAGGUGUGCGACGAAAAAAUCGAACCCAUUUCGCGGACGGGCAUUUGUUUUUGCCGUGUUUGCGCGUACCGUCGCGCGUCCCGUGUUUCCUCGUUCACCUUCGCGCACACGUGCAGAACGUACGGGUAAGUUGGCCGUUUGGCAGUGAUUUCAGUCAAAAAAAGACGGGUCAGAAGCUAACAAAAAAAAAAAAAGAAAGGACCAUUCGUCGAAAGGCCAGCAGAGGCCCCCACAGCGUUUGUGCAAUCAACCUCUCCGCAGCAGCUCGGGUGGAUUUUCUCUCUCACUCUCUCGCUCGCUUAGCUCGCACUGUGCACUCUGCAAACGCCAGAUGAAUGAGAACGGGCCUGAAGACAGUCGGGCGGCUGAAGCAGGGUAAGGCAAAAGAAGGAAACAAAACCACUUGCCAUUGUUGCGGCACCAGCACCAGCAACAUCCGGGAAAACAGGACGCAGCGGAAAAAUAAGAUUCGGAGGUGAAACUUUUCAUUACAAAACCCUCUGGGUCCACUAACUCUGGGUGGAGUAUGUGCGCAAGAGCGAAAGAGAUAUAAAGAGAGAGAGUGAGAGAGAGAGAGAAAAAACCACGGAGCCUUCUUCUAUCAAAAGACAUUAAGAAAAAUAAUACCAGGCGAAUAAAUAGCGCGCCCCGCACGUGUGCGUAUGUGUGAGUGUGUACCGUUUUAGAAUCGUGAUAAAAAGCCGUACGUUUCCUGGGUCGUACUUUCCUUCCCACGGGUCCUCGCGGCACCCUCUAGAAGAGCAAGAAGAAAAAGUGUGCCCGUCCCCGUCCCGCAUGUGAUUUGAUUGGCGACAAAUUUUUGCAUACCAAUUUGUUCGGGACGGAAGAAAUAAAGCCGCAGCUGCGUUUGGUUUUUUUUUUUUUUUAAUUAUUUCUGGUCUGCUGCAGCACUGCAAGAUAAAGGGGGAAAUUUGCGGCAUAUACAAAAAAAAACGCAACAACUCAAAAGAGCAUUCCCUUUACGAAAAGAGCACCCAGUGCCCUUCGCCCAAACGAGCAGUGGUCAUCAACACAUCGUUCGUCCCUUUCUGCUGCUAAAGAAAUCCGCGGAGCAAAAACCAUUCUCCAUGAAACGAAUGAGCAGCGCGUGUUAAAGUUUUUGAACCUGCUGUACUCGAACAGGCGGGUUUUUUUUUGCCUUCUUCGGUGGUACCAUGGGUCAUCGAAGAAAGCGUAAUAAUAUGUGUGAACGUGUCGUUGCCGCUGGACUGUAAACGCGCCCCCUGCAACAGUUUGAACUCGCAAAUUCGCAACCGGAACAUCGUUCGCACAGCAGACUUGGCGCGCGCGCGCGCGAUCGCAAACACGCCCCUGGCCGCUUUGGGUAGCCUGAGCGUACCUGGCUCCAAGGGACAGAGAUUGAUUAUUUUGUUACACCUUCGCUUUUACGUGUGUGUUUUUGUUUUGUAAUACAACCGCCCGCCGCCGUCCCCCCCCUGUCCCCCAGCGGGUGGCGUGUAAGUGUGUACAGUGCAAGCAGCAAAACACUUUUUUAACCGGCGCCGCGACCGCGUACACCCACGUAUAAUGUGGAUCAUACGAUGUAAAAUUUAGCCGGAACGCCCCAAACCACCACACACUUUUUUCUACUCCCCCAGCCCCACGCUUUGCCGUCUCCCGUUUGUGUGUGUGUGUGCGUGUAAUUGUGUGUAUUUAUGAGCGUAUUAAUGUAAUUGAAAGUGCAAUUUAUAGUACGAAAAAGCGUGUACAGUGUUUAUAUAAAUAUAUAGUAUAAGUAUUAUAUUUUAGAAAAAGUUUCGCAUUUUGCGCAGCCAGUAAGCAGCCAACCGCGUUUGCCCUGCUAGCGCCACAGAAAGCGUUGUGAUAUAGGUUUUGAAUCUGAGCAGGGUUAGGAGUUCCCUUUUUUUGUUUGUUUGUUUUGUUCUUCUUUGAUGUAAAUGUAAAACCCCCCCGUUGAUUGAAACACAACUUUAAACAAAAAAAUACAGACGAUAGGAGCGGCAAAAGCAAAACAAAAAACGACAAAAUCGUGCGUACUGUGUGUAUGUGUGUAACCUCAAUUUGCAAAACAACUGAUAAAGGGAGAGAAGUGUGCUCCGUGUGCGCAAACUGCAGGCCGUCCGGGAGGGCAAAUUCUAGUGAUCAUGGCCUGCGCCGCCCGCACGACGCCCGCGUGCUGAGUAAAUAGUAAAUCCCUGUGUUUUCCCGUGCCCCGCCGCCACUGCUCGCUGCUAAGUAUAGAAAAUGCAGCACACCGGCAACAAGUUAACCCGCAGCAACUAACUGACCGAGCGUGCGUUCCGUUGCGUGCGUGUGGUUGUGUGGCCGCGCGCGCACAUGGCCAGCCAGUGUGUACGGGGUGUCUGUUUGUUCUAUGUUUCGUCGUUGUUGCUGUUUGUUUGUUUGUUGUUGACGUAAGCCGAGCCCGUGCUGUUGUGCCGCAGAUGUGAACAGAUGUGAACAGGAAUCGAACGUCGGAGAGCGGCCCGAAGAGCAUUUCUUAAAUUCGCAUUUCGCAACCGGACCGCGAAGAAACGGGAUCGCGCGCGCGUGCGGCCUGUGUGCUUUUUCUUUGUGGCCCCUGUGUUCCCCCGGGCCGGAUGUUACUGGACUGGCGGGGUGCGUGCGCCAGUCGUUCCCAUACCGUGCAGAGUAUUCGUGCACCAACACCACCACCAUCAACCGGCCCCGGUGGCAUACACCGCGGCGUACCAGCGCCAACAGCAACACCGCCACCACCAGCGCACACGACUUCAACAUUUAUCUUUUGCAUUUCGUCAUUUCUUGGCCUACUCGAUCAGCAGGAGCAACAACAGAAACGCACCACCAACAGUAGUAACACGAGUAACACGACGCCACACACCACCGGUAGUACAGCAGGCGGCGGCAGGAUGGAGAGCCCGAGUGCCGGCGGCAGGCGUCGCGGCAAUUCGCGCAUCAAUGCCGAAGAUCAGGCGCUCGAUCAGAUCGCAAAGGAGGGCAGCAGCAUCCGGAGCGACAGCUACCACGAUUCGUCCUCGCUGCAGGACCCGGACGAUGGGGGGGCGGCGAUCAUCCAGCAGCAGCAGCAGCAGCAGCAGUACCAGCACGGCGGCUACGAACCGCACCGGCAGUACCAUCGGCUGUCCGUGUCGCACACCGGCGACGAGUUCAGCUCCGAGGAGGAUGAAGCGUUCGUCGAGCUGCUCGAGCGGGCCAGCGACAUUGCCGAGGCACGAUUAGCGGCACGGCGCCAGGCCCGUGCGGAGGCGCGCGAGAUACGCAUGCGCGAGCUGGAGCGGCAGCAGAAGGAGCUGGAGCAGACGGCGGACCGGGUGUUCGAUCUGCAGCAGCAGUCGAUCGGGCUGUCCGAGCCGGCGACCGCGCUGGUCGCGACGACGCCCCGGUCGAGCCGCAUCCUGGCGCAGAAUGCGGUGACGCGCGGCAGCGCCCUGUCGUCGCGCCGGAACAGCGAGGACUCGCUGGAGGAGGAAGCCCGCAGCCUUCGCGACCUACGGCACGAGCUGAAGGAAGUGGAGGAGCGCUUCCGGAAGGCGAUGAUUGCGAACGCCCAGCUCGACAACGAGCGGUCCUCGCUCAACUACCAGAUACAGCUGCUGAAGGACAAGCUGGAGGAGGUGGAGGAGUCCCACUCGCAGCUGCAGCGCGAGUACCGGGAGAAGUGCCGCGACCGGGAGGCGCUCAAGCGCAACAACGACAAGCUGAGCGAGGAGCUGAAGCUCGUCCAGGGCCAGCUGCAGGAGCGGGACGCACUGAUCGAGCAGCACGGGCUGGUCAUAGUCACGGUGGAGAACGAGGACGGUACCGAUGCGCACCGCGCCCUAGUCACAGCGGAUAACGCGCAGCUGCUCAAAUCCGUGCCCGGUUCCCUUGACGUAAGACUGAAAAAGUUUGCGGCCGAAAAGCAGGAGCUGCAGACGGAGCUGCAGUCGCUGCAGCAGCAGCUGAACGAUAUUAAGAGCAAGGGCCGGCGGUACACCUCCAUGAACGGUUCGCUCGUCGAUGACGAUUACGAGGAUGCGCAGCGCGAAGCCAACAAGCUGAUCACCGAGUAUAAAUACAAGCUGCAGAAGGCGGAGCAGGAGAUCGCGAACCUGCAGGCCAGCCUGGCCCGCUCGGAAACGCAGGUGAUCCGGUACAAGAGCACGGCCGAGGCGGCUGAGAAGGCCGAGAGCGAUCUGAAGAUCGAGCGAAGAAAGCUGCAGCGCGAGAACCGUGAAGCGAUGGACCGGCUGGAGGAGCUAGAAACGUCAAACAAUCAUCUGCUGAAGCGGCUAGACAAGCUUAAGAACGUCAAGAGCAACAUCCUGAAGGACAUAUGAUAGGACCAGGGCGGCCCCCCGUCCCCAGUGGCAUCCGGGACGGCGGCGACGAGGACGCAGCGCCGCCCGCCCGAGCCAGCCGGCGGCGAGCGCGGGAACCGUGGGAACAAAUAACUGGCAGCAGCAGCGCCCACAAACACCCAAUGGGGGGGGAGAGAGGAAGGGUUGGCACAUUCGUUAGAAAAAAAAACCCCAUCUUCAUCCCCCUCCCUCUCGACGUGAUUUGACUUAAGCCCCCUUCGCACCCAUCCCCUUUGCGUAUAAGUAGAAGCGAAAAGCAAGCAUGAUAGAUAGAGCCAUCUCCCUCCCGCCACACGCGCCGCCGAUCAGUUAUGUAUUAUCGUUUAUCCCCUGUCCUCAGCCGCCUCCCACUCUGCCGCUCGUUUUACGCGCAUUGUAAGCGUAUAGGGCUGCGAUGGGGAGGCUCUGUGUGUAUGUGGCGUGUUAAGUCCGUAUGUUGUGUAUAAAAAAAUGUUACUUUUGAAGCUUGAAAGUUCACAAAAUGCAUAAAUCGGUAAAUAUAUAGAGAGAGAAAGAUAGCAUGGCCCAAAAUAGGCACAUCCUCCCCCCCCCCCCCCACUUCCCCUAUCCACCAGAUAAAAAUGGAAACGCCUUCCACGGACACAGGCGCCGCGCUGCUUCGCGUUACACGGACACAACACGGGCGGCAAGUUUUGGCACUCGCGAGAGCAUGCAAUGUUGUGGCCCCCCUAUUGCUACCUAUAGCUACUACUCUCCCUGCUUCAGCCUGCACAUAAAAUGGCAUCGAGUAUUUAUUAUAUAAAAAAAAAAGUUUUAAUCUGUUUUUUUUUUUAAAUUAACAAAAAGCGAUCGUUUGUAGAAAACCUGUUCUGUUCUGCGCCUGCGUGCCAGAAGCAUGAGCAACAUGUGGCAAACGGGAAGAGGGAGAGGGCCAAGGGGGUGGGUAGAUGAUGCAAAAGAACCAUGAUAGCUGACCGUACACAAAAAAAAAAAUAAAAAAAAAACAUUGUAACUAGUGUAAUAUCUUAGACAUAUGACCACGAUGCGGCCACUGUGCUUCGUGUGUCAAACUUGAUCAUGACCGCUGUCAUGAUCAUCGUGCGCGCGGCAAUGAACAAUAAACGUCAUUCGUUUACGGAUCGUCGUACCGGCAACAUCUUCA